CAAGCCCAAUCAAACCCAAUUCCAUUGGUAACAAAAACCUAGUUUCACUGAGAAAAGUAGUGGCGGCAAACUCCAUUAUCAUGGUUCUCACCUUCAUCCAAAUUCCAAAACCCAGACAAGGCUUAAAGAUAUAUGCGUAAAGACUAAAGGGGAGGAAGAUGAGGACAAUUUCUGGGCAUUGUGCCUCGGUGAAAGACGUAUCACUAUCCAAAGCGGCGAAAAUUCUGACAAAGUUUGUCUCUGCUGAUAAUGGUGCUUCACAUAUCAUCAGUGCAUAUCUCCAUCGAGCAUGUGCUUCUUUCAGCGAGCUCAACCAGAUCCACAAGGAGCUUGAUCCCUCACACUCUCGUAAGAAGCACAAAAAGCACAGAACUGAGACUGGUACUGACAGCGGGAGGGUAGUGGAAAAUUCCGUUCGGAGUGUUAAUAUUAACCAGGAGCUCAGCCUUGAACAUGUAAAAUCUAUUGAAUUGAGAAGACAGCAGACUGGCAAUGAGAAUACUGAUCUAGAUGAUGACAAAUCAAAUCAGACAAUGGUUAAAAGUAAUCAAGAACUUAAUGGUUCUGUUGGCUAUGAGACAGAAAAUUUGGGUGGGAGUGAGAUGCUUAAGAAGAAGAAAAAGAAGAAGCUGGAAGUUGAGUCCCUGCAAAACGGAGAUAGCGCUGUUAAAUUUGAAGAUGGGAUAGAUGAUAGCAAGCUGCCUAAUGGGGCGCAAGUUGCAAUUGCGUCAGGCAGAGAACAGGGCAAUGAUGGUGAUUUUAAACCAGAGAUGGAAGAGGGAAGAAAACAGAAAAGUGCAAAGAAGAAGGACAAGACAAGUUAUGAGGAUGAGGUUGAGAAUGAAAAAGGAAUAGAGCAACAGAAAGAUAAAGAUAUAGAAGAAAAACUAUCCAACGGUAUAGAUAGAGAAAAUGGAGGGCUCGGUGGCUCCCAGGACUCACAAAUCAAGAAAAAAAAGAAAUAUUAGAAAGGAAAGGAGAAUACAUUAUAUGCUGAAGAGGGAAAGUUGGAAGACAAACCAGAACAUCCAAGUGGGGGUUUGAGUAAGAAGAAAAUGAAAAGGAAACACAGUGGUGAUAAUAAAACUUAGGUGUUUUACAAACUUUAUAGUUUGUUAAUCCUUUUUCAAAUUGUUGAGGAGAUUUGCACUUGUAUUGUUUGUAGUAUCAGUUUUUGAACUACAAUACUUCUAUUUAGUCUUAAACAAAUGUUGCUGCAUUCAAAACAUUGAUUGCAAUUAUCAGCUAUUGGUGAUACUAAAUUCAUUGUAGACUGUGUAGAUCAAUCACCACUCACCGGGGAUCAUCGGCUCUUGUAGUUUACAUAUCCUCAAGGUUACUAUUUUUUAUUUAUUGGAGAAGAAAUAUUUAUUGUGUCA